GGAGACAUGUGUCUUCAGCACCACAGAGCUAAGAAUCUGUCAGUCAGUUGUGGAUUUACUAUCAAACAACAUCUAGUUUUCUCUCCUAUUUCGACUAUUACCAUAACUAUUUCUAAACUGUGUAUUUAAUUUUAAACUUAUUAUUUUUUACAAUGAUCGUACGAGUUUUUAGAGUCAUCUUUGUCAUUAGUUUCAUUUAUAAUUAAGAACGUUGACCAUCCUUGGAAGCUUUUAAUUUUUUAACAAUCAAGAAAAGAAUUUAUUAAAAAUAAAUAACCAUGGAAGUUUUAAUGCAUGAAGCUUCCAACGUACCUCAAAUUCAAGCAACCAGUGAUUCAGUUCCAAAAUCUGAACAAACAUUCAACAAUUAUAGUCCAAUAUCUCAAUUUGUAAUCAAGAAGACUAAAGAGCAUGAAGCUGCAGAUAUUUCAUUCGAAGAUCUUUAUUAUAAAGUUUCUCUAGGAUUUCGAAAAGGUACUAAAGAGAUUUUACAUGGAAUUAAUGGAAGAUUACCGGCUAAACAGCUGAUUGCUAUCAUGGGACCUUCCGGGGCAGGAAAAUCUACACUUCUCGACAUCCUUUCCGGAUAUAGAUUAACUGGAAUACAAGGAACUGUUUAUGUUAAUCGAGUUGUUCGUGAUUUAGAUGCCUUCCGAAGAACUAGUGCAUAUAUUACUCAAGAUGAUCGUCUCCAACCUCUACUCACCGUUUCAGAAAAUAUGUGGGUUGCAGCUGAUUUAAAACUUGGAACAAAUAUUUCCAAACAGAAGAAAAAAUUAAUUAUAAAGGAGAUAUUAAUGACUCUCGGCCUUCAGGAUCAUUUGAAUACAAGAUCAGACAGACUGAGUGGCGGCCAAAAAAAAAGACUUUCAAUAGCUCUAGAACUCGUUAAUGAUCCUACUGUUAUGUUUUUAGAUGAACCCACGACGGGGUUAGAUAGUUCAACUUGUGUACAAGUUGUUAAUCUACUAAAAGUACUUGCUAAACAAAAUAGAACAAUUGUUUGUACAAUACAUCAACCUAGUGCUUCACUUUUUCAACUUUUUGAUCAUGUAUUAUUUUUAGCAAAAGGUAAAUGUUUAUAUCAAGGAGCUACUAACCGACUCGUCCCCUUCCUCGAAAACGUUAAACUUCCUUGUCCCAUUUACCACAACCCAGCAGAUUAUGCCAUAGAAUUAGCAUGUGGAGAGUAUGGUGACGAUAAAAUAGAUGUACUAGUUAAUGUAAUACAGAAUGGGAAGUCGACUCAGUGGUUUGAUAGUUCGAUUCCUGAAAUAGAAGACUUUCAAAUGGAUAACAGCUGUAUUGAGUCCAAUGGAAAAUUUAAAAGAAAACAAUCUUUGCAAGCAACAUCUCCAUUGCAUCAAUUGAAAGUUCUUUUAUUUCGAGGAUAUAUUAAAACUAAAAGAGAUGCCACUCUAACGCACCUUCGUUUUUUGGUGAAUAUCGUUACUGGAAUUAUGCUUGGAUCUUUGUUCAUCGAAGCUGGAAAUGAAGGAUCACGUGUUUUAGAAAAUUAUAAUCUUCUAUUUGCUAUAUUAAUGCAUCACAUGAUGACGUCUAUGAUGUUGACCAUUUUAACAUUUCCAUCAGAGCUUAAUAUUCUAAAGAAAGAACAUUUUAAUAGAUGGUACAGUUUAAAAAUGUUCUAUUUAUCAAUUACGAUCAUUGAUAUACCUGUUACAUUCAUCUGUUGUCUGGUUUUUUCAAUAAUUAUCUACUUCAUGUCUUGGCAACCCAUGGAGAUAACAAGGUUUUCAAUGUUUUUUACGAUAAGUUUACUCGUGGUUUUCGUAGCUCAGAGUUUUGGUCUUAUGAUAGGAGCCAUUUUCAAUGUAGUUAAUGGAACAUUUGCUGGACCAACUCUUUCUGUGCCAAUGAUGAUGUUUGCAGGUUUUGGAGUAACUCUUCGUGAUCUUCCAGUAUAUUUAAAGUGGGGUAGCUAUAUUAGUUACUUACGAUAUGGUUUAGAAGGCUAUAUAAAUGCUAUAUAUGGUUUGAAUCGUCCAAAUUUGAAAUGUAGUGAAAUUUAUUGUCAUUACAAGAACCCUGUGGUUUUCUUAAGAGACAUUACAAUGGCUCCUGAUCAGUUUUGGAAUGAUGUUAUAGCUCUUGUUUUAAUUCUCAUAGUUUCUAGAACAUUUGCUUAUCUUCUAUUACGAUGGAAACUAGUAGCUUCUAGAUAGGUAUAAUUUUUCAAUUAAACGUAUGUAAUAUUAUUAAUUUUAAAUGGGCCAUUAUUCGUCUUUAUUUCACUCGAUUGCAAUAAAUUUAUUUAUAAAAUAA